AUGGGUUCAUCUCGGUCCACAACAAGCAACUGGAGAGGCGGCUAUAAGCUGAGCCUACAACCCGAAGAAACACAGCACCAGGACAGGCGAACAGGAGACGCAACUAAAAUGGCGACAGCAAGUGCAGCAGGUAAAACACCUGAACACCACACAGACAUGCCAGACUACGAAGCCAAACUUACCGCUAUCUUCGAAGCCUUCUGGGCACGGCUGGAGCACCGGGCACGGCUGAAUAAACCGAGCACAUGCUGGAGCAACAAGAAACCUACGCAACACGGCCGCCAGCGCCUUACUCAUAAGCAACAUAGGACCCCAAGAUGGCGCCGCAGGAGGAGAAACCCUCUGCCUGCAGGCAAAACCAGGGGAGGGAACCAAGCACCGGAGCAUGGCCACAGAGUGCUGGGGACCCCUCGUGCCCCAAGUAGCUAUCCCCACUCUUCUUCCGGGCAGGGAGCCCACCAGAGGGUAACUCCUCACCGCCACCCAUACACCCAGGGGAACCGGAAUCCGGCAAAACCUUGGGCCCACGACCCUGAGGAUGGGGUCAUUGGACUUGUGGCAAGGGCCCCUGCUAAAACCUUGGGCCGAAGACACAGGACACUCAAGCGGCAUGGAACUGGGAGGUGCACUGGGGGAACCACAGCACAGAGGGACAAGCACCUGGCGGGUCAAAGCAUACACCCUAGAGGAACAGGCCCAACCACCAAUAGAGAGACGGACCAAAGAGGCAGCCCCCCCCCCACAACCAAGUGGACUGGUCCCCGCAGACUGCAGCACGAUUCCUCCAUGUGGGGUGGGCUGAAUAAAUGCAUGAACGCUCAUAGCACUCCAUGCUCUGGACUGCUCCAAGUAAACGAUGAUCUCACUUUAGAUUAG